UAUAGCUUAGUUAAUACUUUAAGCAAAUAAACUAGCUGGUUAAGUUAUCCACUGGGUGAAACAGUAUAUACAUGUGCGUAGAGACCACUCGAACGCCUAGAAAGUUCCGAUUCAAACGCACAAUUCACCAGAUCUGCAUUAGAAUGAUCACCAACUAUUGAGUUUCGCUGAUCAACUCUCUGCAUUUACUUCCGGUAUGUACUUCCAAAAAAUUUCUAAAUAAAAAUGUACAAGCAACCGAAAAACAUCCAGUGUGAUAGGAUUGAGCUGUUGUAUUCUUCCGAUCUGAUCGUGGCAGUAAUUUGUGAUUUUUAUUUUGACCUUUUUUUGGAAGUACAUACCGGGAGUAAAUGAAGAUACUUGCUCAGCGAAACUCCAUAUUUGGUGAUCAACGAAUUUACAUUAUAACGCUUACAGUGGGGAAUCGGCGCUUUCUGGAUGUUAGCAUACAGAUACUGGUGCACACACUGGCUGAAUCAACUUAAUUGGUCAACGUGUUGUGACAUGGAAUCAACGUGAAAAAUUCAUUGGAUUUGAAAAAAUUUUUGAUGAUGAAGAUGAAAAUAAAUUGACUUAUACAGAAAUCCAUCAGCAGUACAAGCAUUUGGUGGAGAAGUUGUUAGAAACCUACAUGCAAGAGGUUGGCAUCGAUGAGCAGCAGUUUUUGGAGGCAUGCUCCUCUCCUUUUGCCAAGUCCAAAACCUUACAGCCUGGUGGAACAAGCCGAGCGCAUCGGUCAGUCUGCUUGACCAGGCCACUUCGGUUGCAUGGCAAGCAAUCAAGAACAAGAAAGACUGUAUUCCAGCCCGUCCUGGCCACAGACGACUUCCAGAUGUUCAGGUCUCUCAUGGUGCAGAAGAACAUGGAGCUCCAGCUCCAGGCGCUGCAGGUCAUUAAAGAGAGAAAUGGCGCCCUGCCUGAGUGUCUCACAGAUGGAGCAGACGUGAUGAGUGAACUGGAGCAGCAGGAGAUGAAGAUUAUACAGGAGGUUCUGAAGAGGUCAAAGGAGGAUUAUGACCUAGAGAUGGCUCGGCGACUGCAGUCAGAGGAGAUCGGCUCCACGUCCAGAAGCUGCUCUGAUAGGCCAGUUCUAGAGGCAGUCAGCAUCCAGAGGGCCACCUCCAUUCAACAGACCAACAAGGUGAACAGUACAUCUCCACAGAGAGGGGAGCUGAAGGCUGCUGGAGGUAGUGGGCAGCUGAGUCCAGCCAAUACCAGCACAUCUCCCCCUUCUAAGUUGGCAUCAGAACCACGAGUCCUUCCUGCUGUGAGGGUUCCAGUGAAGGGCAUAGAGCUUCCGGCUGUCUCCAGGGAGAAGGGCAGCAGCCAAGCAGUAGAGGGCUGGAUAGAAGAGGCACGCAAGGAGGCUGGCAUCUCCAAGCCGUUCACAGAGUUGUCAGCAGAGCAGCAGGUGCAACUCCAGCAGAGGGCGCUGUACCUGAGGCAGCAGAGGGACAAACUUCAGGCCAUGAAAAGAGAGCAGAGACCCAAACCAGCCACACCAGAGGAACCCCCUGCCCCCACUCCCAGCACACCGGACUAUGUUCCUAAAAUGAACAGGGGUGGUGCUAGUAGUGUACAGGAAGAGAUGGUCAAUGCCUCGCAGCCUGCAAGCUCUCUCGUUGGGGGACAUAAACCCAAGGAGAUCUCUGUCGAAGAUAAAAAGAAGUUACAGAAAAGAAAACAUCUGGCUGAAAAACUGAAAGAGGAAGUCAUCAAGAAGUAAACGCAACUGCAAUAUACAUCCCCCCCAGAGUUUAAUUGUAGUCAAAAUGGUCCGGGACUGUGCUUGAGAAGGGGCAAAAGGAAAGGUAUUAAAAUGGAUCUUUAUAUAGAAUCAGUGGUGCAUUAAUAUUAAACUAUGUAAGAUCAUGUAUGCUGUUUAAUAAAUCCUAUUAUUUUAUACACUUUCUGCCA